UGAGUGCGUAACCCCUGGAAGCCCCGCCCUUAAUGCAAAUAAGCGAAGAGACCCAGAAGUUCUGCACCUGCGCAGAGGGGACGGUGGCGCGUAUAGGCGGAGCUGAGGGCGGUGCAGGGGCGUGAGGCUUCGGCGGCGGGGCGGGCAUGGGACCCGCCGGCUUGCGUUCGCUGAGCCGCCGAACCGGCUCCCUGCUCAGAGCGGAGACUGUCUCGGAGUGCGCGGCGGCCGGAGCGAGGCGGCAAGCGGCGGGGCGGGCUCGUGGCGGAGACCACAGGUUCAGCAGCGCCGCGGUGGCCAUGGCUCCGAUCAAGGUGGGAGACACCAUCCCCUCGGUGGAGGUGUUUGAAGGGGAACCUGGAAAGAAGGUGAACCUGGCAGAGUUGUUCCAGGGCAAGAAGGGUGUGCUGUUUGGAGUCCCUGGGGCAUUUACUCCUGGCUGUUCUAAGACACACCUGCCUGGGUUUGUGGAACAAGCUGGGGCUCUGAAGGCCAAGGGUGUGCAGGUGGUGGCAUGUCUCAGUGUUAAUGAUGUCUUCGUGACUGAAGAGUGGGGUCGAGUCCACAAGGCAGAUGGCAAGGUUCGGCUCCUGGCUGACCCCACUGGGGCUUUUGGGAAGGCGACAGAUUUGUUGCUAGACGAUUCUUUGGUGCCACUCUUUGGGAAUCACCGGCUCAAGAGGUUCUCCAUGGUGAUAGACAAUGGUGUGGUGAAGGCACUGAAUGUGGAGCCAGAUGGUACAGGUCUUACCUGCAGCCUGGCCGCCAACAUCCUCUCACAACUCUGAGGUCCUGGCCAGAUGAAGGUCCUCUGCCCUUCCUGUCUCCUUUGCCCAGCCCAGAGCUCAGAGGCCCAGUACCACCUCAGCUGGGGCCACUAAACUGGAACCUUGACUGUAUUUCUGCAAUAAACACUCUAGUAUGAG